AUGGCUACCGUGAACACUCUCGACAAGGACCAGAAGCCGAUGGAGUUUGCAGAGUCGAAGCACCUCGAGCGCUAUGAUUCGGACGAGAAGACACCCUCGAUCGUGGAGGCCGCCCCCGUGGGCGGUGCCAACAACCUCGACGUCGGCUUCGCCGCCGAGGAGGUCAAGCGCAUCACGAAGAAGAUCGACUACCGCCUCAUCCCCGUGCUCUCUAUGAUGUAUGCGAUCUCGCUGAUUGACCGUACCAACCUCGCCAUCGCCCGUUCUGCGAACGAAGUUAAGAUGGACCGCGACCUCGGCACCAACCAAGGCGACCGCUACUCGAUUAUCACGCUUGUGUUCUUCAUCCCUUACAUCAUUUUCGAGAUCCCUUCGCAGUUCGGACUCCGAAAGUUCGGCGCGAAGAUCUGGCUCGGUUCCGCCGUCGUUCUCUGGGGAGUUGUCAUGCUGUGUAUGGGUUUCGUUCCCAACUGGUAUGGCCUCGCUGCUCUCCGCGCUGUCCUCGGUAUCUUCGAGUCAGCCCUCUUCCCCGGUGCUGCUUACUUGAUCUCCUGCUGGUACCCCCGCAAGGACAUGGGUCUGCGCAACUCGGUCUUCUACAUCACCUCUGCGUGUGCUGGAUCCUUUGCCAAGCUUCUCGGAUGGGUUUUCUCUCUGCUCGACGGCAAGGGAGGCCGCUCCGGCUGGCGCUGGAUUUUCAUCAUUUACGGCGUCGUCACGAUCGUGAUCGGCCUGCUUGCGUACCUCCUCAUCACCGACUUCCCGGACAAGGCCAAGUUCCUGACCGAGGACGAGCGCCACAUUGUCAUCACCCGCAUUGAGCGCGACCGUGCCGACUCCAAACCCGACCCGCUCACCUACUCCAAGAUGCUCAAGUACGCCAUGAUGUGGCAGCCUUGGAUCUUCGCCCUCAUGUUCAUGAGCAUGACGACGGCUACGUACUCCCUUGCUUAUUUCCUUCCUACGAUCCUCGCGACAAUGGGCUUCGACAACGUCCAGUCGCUCGUUCUUGGCACGCCGGCGUACUUCUGGGCAAUCAUUCCUUCUGUCAUCUCGGGCCGCGUUGCCGACAAGGUCAAGGGCGCCCGCUCGUGGGUCAUCGUCUUCAACGCGACCUGUCUCCUCGUCGGCACCUGCAUGUACUCGCAGCUCGCCAAGAGCCAGAAGGCUGCUCGCUUCGCCGGCAUCUUCCUCGCGGUCGGCGGUGCCAACGCAUCUAUUCCGCUUAUCAUUUCGUGGCAGCACACCGCCAUCCGCUCGCAGUCCCUCCGUGCCUACUGCUCUGCGCUCACCGUCGCCUUCGGUGGCAUCGGUGGUAUUAUCGGCUCGACUGUCUUCAUGCAGAAGGAGCAGAAGCAGGGCUACCCCUCCGGUGUCUACACCUCCCUUGGCCUCAUGGUCUUCUGUAUCCUUGCCGCCAUUGGCCUGCAGUUCUACUACCGUGUUCAGAACCGCAAGGCGGACCGCGGCGAGCUCAUCAUCAACGACCACGAGGAGUUCCGCUACCAGCCUUAA